GAGCGAGCGCGUCUCACCGCUGUCCCAACAGGGGGCGCUGCCGGCAGCGACGCAGGAGAGCGCGCGGGCCUUGAAGACGCCGGCGGCGGUGGCGCCCCCGCGUGGGACAUAUCCGACGACACGCUGGUUGAAGCCGUUUGUGCAGAGGAGGCUGAGCACUGGGAUUGGGGUUCCGUGUCGUCUGCUAAGGACUGGGACCGAGGUUCCGUGUCGGCUUGUGCUGCUAGGGACGUGGUGUCUGCAGUUUCUACCCCUGCUAGUGUUAUGGCGCUGGGUGUUCCUUCAGAGGCUGGUGAUGUGGUGUCUAAUGGUCCUUCAAACGCUGUUGAUGUGGUGGCUGGUGGCCUUGCAAAAGCUGCUGGUGUGGUGUCUAAUCACCCUACAAAGAGUGCUGAUGUGGUGGCUGGUGGCCUUGCAAAAGCUGCUGGUGUGGUGUCUAAUCACCCUACAAAGAGUGCUGAUGUGGUGGCUGGUGGCCUUGCAAAAGCUGCUGGUGUGGUGUCUAAUGAUCCCAUAGAGUCAGGUGAUGUGGUACCUAAUGACCCUUCAGAGGCCAGUGAUGAGGUGUCUCAAUCCAGUGUGUCUACUACGGCUGAUGUUGCGACAGUAGUUAGUGACCUAGCAUCCGUCCAAUGA